GUUACAGCUCAGAUUGUGCAAUAGCAGCAGGAGCAUUUUACUUGCAGUUUAAUCGUGAAUAUGCUUGUUGAACGCCUAACCCAGCAACUGGGGAAACCGACCCAGGGCCUGUGGGGAUGGUUGGUGACUCGGUUCCUAAAGAAGAAGAAUAAGUUGCUGGAAGUGAAUGCUGUCAAACUGUGUGACAUUCAGCCUGAGAAUGUGGUGCUGGAAGUGGGCUUUGGACCAGGCCUAGGACUGCAGGAAGCUGCCAGGUGUCUCACACAUCCUAGAGGGAAACUGUAUGGCCUGGAUUACUCAGACUACAUGUAUAAUGUAGCCAGCAGGAGGUUGCAGGCAGACAUUCAGACAGGGAAGGUGACACUGUUUCUGGGGAGUGUAGAACACAUCCCUUUAGAAGACAAUGUGGUGGACAGGGUGUUUCAUUGCAACUGUUACUACUUCUGGCCUGAUCUACGAGCUGGGAGCAAAGAGAUCUACAGAGUCAUGAAACCAGGUGGUCUGAUGGUCACCACCCUGAACCUGGAGGCUCUAAAGAAGAUUGUUGCUGCUGGAUUGUUAAAGCAUACACAAUGGCCACCUGAACCAUACAUGGCGGUUCUUCAUGACACAGGAUUUGUUGAUGUGCGUUUGGAGGACAAACAAGACAAGGGAAUAUCCUUUCAGGCUAUCUUUGCUACAGCAAACAAGCCCUGAAUGUUGUCUGAGGCCUGAUAGCUGAAUAAUUUGAAUUUGCUGAAGCUGUCAUGUGAUCCUUAUAUAUAAUAUAUAAAAAUAAAUGGGAUCAUAAUCGCUUGUAUCAGUUAUAUUCCACUUAGCCAAAACAGGUUUAGAAAGAUCAGAUAAGGAGAACAAUUUUACUAUGGGUUGUGUUGUUCCUUUUUGGAAAUUAAACACCACAGGGUAUAACCUAUUUAGAAAAGAUAAAGAUGGAAAAAGGGGAGAUGGAGUAACUGUACUUAUUAGGGCUAACUAAAUGGCAGUAGGAAAAAGGGACACAGCUAUCAGCAAAACAAAAGUAGAAUCCACAUUGAUAGUGUAAGGAAGAUAUAUUUUUGUUUCUAUUGGACUGUUGUAAAAAACAUAUCGUUUUCUUUUCGAACCAAAAAUGAAAAUUGCUGGAAAAACUCAGCAGGUUUGACAGCAUCUGUGGAAAGGAAGA